AUAUAUUCCGGUGAAGAGAGUAUCUGAGCCACUAACUAGUCGCGUUACGCGUCAGUAGGCAGCAGCAAAAGACAAAAAGGCAAGGCAUUUGAGAACAAGCUUAACACUCAUUCUCUCACAUGUCUCUUACAACAUAACUUUCGAACAAAUUUUGCAACCCCUCUUAGACUGCAAACUACAACUUCAAAAUGUCUUCGGAAUCAUCAUCUACGGAAGAUCUACUCGGCUACUACUUUCUCAAGCUCCCCCGCGAGCUGCGCGAUUUGGUUUACUUCUACCUCGUCACCGAUUCCAGCCCUAUCGUCGUAACGGAUGUAGUUCUACAACCCAUCAUCCCACACCCUACACUUGCUGCCGAAGUACUCGAAGCAACUUACACAUACAACACAUUUGAAACCACCAUAUCGCACGACGCCGAGAACGCAUCACGCAACAUAUGGAAGCAACAAGCAAAGUACACAAAAUACAUCCGACACGUCAUCAUAAACACAACGGAAGUAGGUAUCAACCUGGACGCCUGCAGCGACGGCAGCGCACUGGAGCGGAUGGAGUACGACUGCACAGUCCGUCGACCACACAUUCGCAAGCCGUGGGAAGAUCUGCUCGAGCUACCACGGCUGGAGAGCCUAGUUAUCAACCUACAGAAGAGAGAAUCCGCUGUCUUCGACUGGGCAAACUUCAGUCCCAUCCUGUACGAACUACGGGCGCGCUUACCUCAGCUCCACACCACAUUCAACGUCUCGUUCGACGACAUACUGAGGGUUCGCUGGGAAGACGAGAGCUGGGCUGAUCCCGUGCCAUAUAUACCCAUGGGCUUCAUCGACGUGAGCGAGAUGAUUGCGCCGCCAAGUGACGAUGACAGGAAGUAUGUCGAGAAACAUCUGCCAAAUAUGAGAACCACGGUCUCAAGAGAUGCGGUUCGUGGUUUGCUGGACGAGAGUCGUGCGCAGAGAAGGUCGCUGGGACAGUAUUAUGUGGUCAAAGAGCCGGCUUUGCUUAGAUUACGCAUGGCUGAGCAUUACCAGGUGUACAAGGGACUCAUCACUGAUUCGGUCGGCGCAUGUCAGAACUAACCCCAGACAUGGGGUUUCUGCGAGUUGCCUGACAAAACGAUGCUAUAGAUAUUGCAUCCCCUUACAAUCAUCUUUUACCUGCCGGUCUUCACUAGAGCAAGCAGUACAAUUUUUAGCUUUGGCUUUUGGUUCGGGAAAACUCCCGCAUGUUCGAUUUCGCAGUGUUUCAAAGAGGCAUUCAAGCAAUAGCUUUUAAAAACAAACAACACAUCACAUCCAGGACCAGACAGAUAACCAACUCAACGGCCGUA